UAGUAACCAAAAUCAACUGAUUCGAUUUAGCAAUAUCGGUACGUUUGUUUUUGAUAUGGGUUUCACCGUGCCCUUCCUGUUGAGCAAAUGCUAUAUGCAUUCACGAACCAAGUGUUUUAUUUACGGAAGCCUCAAAAACUAAAAUUACAUUAGUCUGUGGUUAUCUAAAUGUGUUUUAAAAUAUAUAAAAUCAUCACAACCUCGAUGAGAGAAGAAUGAAAUCCAUUGCACUUGUCGUAUUUUCUAGUUAUCUCGCCUGGAGUGUUGUAAGUGAACCCUCCUAUAUCUACAAAUUAAAAAAUAUCGAGUGCUCGACGGUUCCUGGCUUUUCGGCAAAUGCUUCGUGCCGUGUAAAAGCCAUCAACUGGAACAAGGCAGUGGCCCAAAUGGACGUGGAUCUCGCGAGGACUUUGUAUAAUAUCUCUGUGCGACUGCAAAUCCAUAAAAGGGACUAUAGUAACCAGUUCCAGCCUUUCCUAGUGGAUGUGAUGAUUAAUUUCUGUGACGUACUCUCGAAACGAAGCUUUAUACCUUAUGGUCUAAUUGUUCUCCAAGUUACCAAACGAUUCUCAAAUUUUAAUCAUUCCUGCCCCUACUCUGGACAUUUAUUGGCUCGGGAUGCAUAUCUCGACGAAUCAUAUUUACCCAACGUCUUUCCAUUGGGUUUGUAUAAAAUCAACAUUACCAUACUAGAGGGUUACGUAAAGUCCCCAUAUGCGCAUGUUGGAGGUAUCGUUUGGUAUCUCCAGGUUAUGCACGCUUAUAAGAUUAAAAAUAAACAAUCGUAAUGAAACCCCGACUUUUGAUACGACCAGGGUAAGGUAUUCUUAAUUUCAAACCCGCUGCAACUUAUAGUUACUUCUAAAACAAUGUUGUUUGUAAAUAAUUGAUAACCCAAACGAACUGAUUCGAUUAAGAAAUAUCGAAACAUUUGUUAUGAUGUUG